AUGCCGUCUGACAUAUCCGACUCGCGUCCGCCUGUCCAUUCUGUCGACGCAUUGGUGUCCGGUUCACCCGGAUCCGCGGCGCCUGACCUUCCCUUUCCGGAACAGUCUGCCUUCCCUGCGCGUCCGAACCAGGCUGCAGGGAGCGCGGCUUCAGAUGCCACCGCGGGAGCGGAGCAAGACGGCGAUUCUUCGACGUUUGCAGCUCCAUCGAGUGCGCAGGAAAGGCCAAAUACGCCGGUGUGGCCAGGGGGCGAAGAGCGCCAUCGGGUCUCUAUUCUGGAGGCAGCAGCGACGAAUGGGAAGGACGGGAGGGACGCAACAUCUCGUGGCAGGCCGCGUUCUUCCUCGCCUUCUCUUUUGUCGACUCUGAGGGAGUUUGCAGCCACACUGGCCCCUAAUGCGGAGGGCGGAGAGACACGCCAUGCACGCUUCACUCCAGAUGCUGUCGAUCCAGCAGUGAGUCACUCAGACAGCCCUCGACAGGUACCCCUCGUGCCCUGUGCCGUUUCCUCGAAUCUCCACGACGAGCGGUUUUCUUCCGCAGCCCAGCCGCCGGCUCCGCCCCCGACGACAGCUCGUACAGACAACUAUCAAGACGCAGCGAGGCGAGGAAACCGUGACAGGCCCCCGGUGAACCCCCCUUCGGGCGCAGGCGCAGCCCCCAGCACACAGCGUCCCUUCCCAGCCGCAUCCCUUGCUCUGCCUGAUUCCUUGGCGGAUCUCCGCCAGCGGAACACAACGCGCGAACCGUCCCAAAGAACCCCAGAACUUUCGGCGACGGUAGGCACCUCGUCGACCUUCUUGCCAUCUUUCGUCGCCUCUUCGUCCCUUCCUUUUGGGUGUUCAGUCCAUCCGGAAAUCCCCCCCGGCGUUCGCAAUGGCGACACCGCCACCAGCGCCGCAGCUGUCGCUCAGACUCUGCAGGUGUCUCCGCAGUCCCUGGCUGCCGCUCCGCCUCAAGGCACUCGCGACCGUUGGCCAAUGUGGCAAAUGCAUUCGCUGUUGAAAAAAGGAAGAAGUCACUUCAUGACCAGACGGAAUCUGUGGGACUACUGCGAGGAGUGCCUGAGCAGCCUCUGGGAACUCCUCCAGCUUUCGCCGGGAGAGAGAGGCGGGGAAGAAUUCAUUGGUAGAGAAAAGACAGAGCCGAUACAUUAUCCAUUGCGACUCGACAAGCCUGCGGGAGAGGCAGCCGAACAAGAAGAGGAGGAGGAACUUGAGGACGCCGACAGCGGGAGAAUGACAACCUGGCCUCGCCGCUUCGCCAACGACAAGCGCGAACGCGCCUAUAUCCGUGCCAGCCAUUCUCUGUUCGCGAAGCGCUUCUCGGGGCCUUACAGACUGAGCGUGGCUCUGAUAACCGCUGUCGCCACAGCCGCCGCGGUCGGAAUACUUUUUUUGAGGCUGACAACCUUUGGAGCUUCAUUUUCCGAUUCUCUCGAGUCACCGGCGCGCGCCUUCGCUUUGGCGGUUUUGGCGUGGUCGGCGUGCGGUCUCCUCGUCGCAGCCACCCUGAUCCUGCCCUAUAUCUGUUGCCUUCACGCUUUUCCGAGCAUGUUCCGGAGCCUCGCUGCUCUCGUUUCUUCUUUUUCGCCUCCGCCUGGUCCGCUCGCGCCUCCGUUGUCUCCGCCCUUCUUCUCCUUUGAAUCUCCGUUUUCGCUGUCUCCACCGCCGUCUCCGCAGUGCAGCCCCACGGGCUCCCAAGACGCCGAAGACGCGCUCUUCGCUUCGGCCUUUCUCCGCAUUUACCACCGAUGUGUGCAAGGAGACAUUGCAGGGGCCGAGGCGCUGGCGGAUGAAGCCGUGGCCGUCGCCCAGGCACUGCGAGGGAGGCAGGAGAAGGCGACUUUCGCGGCGCAGAAUCGAGGAGACGCAGGCGGGAAUUUCCAGAAGGAAGCCGAGAGCGGCAGGCUCAGCACGCACGGGGCGACGAACGCGCCUCGCGCUCUCUCCAGAGCGAUGCAAGAGAACAAGAAGUUGGAGGCGCUGCAGGAGAACAGGCGCCGGGCCAGCGAAACUCGGAAGGCGAUUAUGUGCAGCAUCACCAACGUCACUUUGCACCCGUCCGCCGUGUCGGUGCCCUCGCGGGAGGAGGAAGACGAGAAACGGAAGCUGCGUCCCCUUCUGGAGUACGAAGCCGCAGUUAAGGAACACACUUGUCGAGGCGCGUGGUUACUCGGCGCCGUCGCGCUCUCCUGCUUUCUCGCCCGCCUCCUUCUCCUCGUGCCCGUUUACGAGUCCCAGCUCGAAGGCGUGAGUCGAGGGGCAAGAGAGGCGUCCUCGUCGCUCUUGGCGUUCGCGGCUUCGGACGCAGUUCGCGUGAUUCCUGCCCCGGCGCCCACUUCGUUCUCCUUCCCCCUCCGCCUGAGCGCCUAUGCGCACUGGCUGUCGCUCAGAGUCGUUCCGCUUGUCGCGUGCUUGCAGUUCGCGGCUGCUGUGCUUCUGCUGCGACCGCGCGAAGACUUGGGCAUUCUCCAGAAACUCGGGACGAUCGCCACCGGCCUGUGCGUCGCAUGCGGAGUCGCACAAGUCGCGCUUUUCGACGCCUCGGAAAAGGAGGAUCUGCCUGCGGGGCUGUGGCUAACCGGGAAGGCCGAGGCGUUCCUUGCGGCGGCUCUCUGCGUCGCGCUCAGGAUCUUGUUGCUGUGCGCCCUCCUCGUCGCCGCCCGCGUCAUGGAGCUGCGCGAGCGGCAGCUCUUCCUCGCGAGGUCCUGCCGCGCUGCCUCGGCGCACCUCCCCGCGUCCUGCGCGUCGUCCGCUUCUUCAGCUUGUCCCUCGCCUGGCGCGCUGUGCUCCACUACGCGAGCUGCCGCGGCGGCGGCGACGCUUCUCGCGUUGGCGGCAAUGCGCCGCUCAUGA